AUGUCUAGCACAGAUACCACAACAACUACUACUGUAACCAGUACCACUGAAACUACUACCACUGCUACCCCUACUAUUCCAAUAGAUACUGGAGAUGUUGCUUGGAUGAUAACAGCAACAGCAUUAGUAUUAAUGAUGACUCCAGCUUUGGCAAUUUUCUAUGCUGGUUUAGUUCAUAGAAAACAUGUUUUAAAUCAACUAUUUUUAGCCUUUCUAUGCAUGGGAGUUAUUUUUGUUCAAUGGGUAUUAGUUGGCUUUUCAUUUGCAUUCGGUGAUCCAGUUAGUCCUGGUUUUGGAUCAUUUGCUGAAGCUGCAUUACGUUUUAAUGGUGAUCGAUUUGAUCCAGUUUAUUGUCCAACUUUUUCACUUUUAACUUAUGCCACAUAUCAAGGAACAUUUGCUAUCAUUACAUGUGCAAUUAUAUCUGGAUCAAUUGUUGGUAGAAUUCGGUUGGUGCCUUAUAUAAUAUUUAUACUCGUUUGGACUACAGUAUGUUAUGAUCCCAUGGCUCAUUGGGUUUGGGGUUCAAAUGGUUGGUUAAAAACUUUAGGAACAUUGGAUUUCGCUGGUGGAACUGUUGUUCAUAUUCUAUCAGGAGUUUCAGGUCUUGUUGCUGCAAUAAUUAUUGGAAAACGACAUGAUUAUGCUCCUCAACAGACCUCUGCUCAUAACCUUCCAUUAACAGNAAAAAAAUUCCCUCACUACUCUCGAACAAAAACUGACAAAAAAUUUCCAAGCUCAUAUUCAGAAAUAGCACAAAAUUCUGGUUUUAAUCCAUAG